CGAACACACACGGCGAUGAUCGCUUGCUCGCUCAACCUCUGCCUCUGCCUCAGUCUCAGCCUCAGUCAGUCUCAGUUCAACCCUCGGGCGUUGCGGUCGCUUUCUGUCGCACUCCUGCACUGCUCGCUCUCACUAGCCGCCGUGUGCUGCCCCCAAGCCCAAAAAGUUGUCAACUGUCAAAUCACGAAAGAAAGAAAGAAGGCGACAAAUAAAAGUGGAAAGGGUGGAAAAGGAAAAGCGAGAAAACAGACCUACCGACAGACAGGCGGAUCAAUUGAAAUUCGGAAUAGUUUUCGAAACAAGUCGCGUGUCAACUCGAUAAAUGUGUAAAAAUAUUGAAAUUAAUUUUGAAAUACCCAAACAAUAAGAAGAAAAAAAUGUGAAUUGAAAAUUUAAAUGUGUUGCAAAUUAAAUUCAAGUGCUGCUUCUGGCACGACGAAUGACAACGACAAAAGCAAAUUGCAGAUCGCAAUAAAUUAAAACAAUAAAAGGCAGUCGAGA